CGAGUAUCUAAACUUCUCGUUGGCGCAAAGUUUGUUUAAAAACCUGCGUUCGGACUUCGCGGGGGAUUCCGAACUCUUAUCAGGCGGUGCGGAAAGUGAGAUAUUCUAUAAGUAGGUAACGCGUGUGUUACAUUUCAUUAUAAAAAGAGACCGCGUGUUGUUCAGUGCUAUUUGGAAGUCUGAAUUGAUAGAAAAUGUUAGUGUUUCCGCAUUGGCGACCCGAAUUGCCAGCCAACGGCUGUAGAGUGCAAAGAUGGAUUUCGGCGGAAAGAUUCGCGCCUUACAUUGCUAAGUCAGCUGUUCUACCACCUUUACCCCCACAGAUUGAUGACGAUGCAUCGUCGGGGGGUUUUUCACCGGAGCGCCCAAGCGACCCCAGCGAUGGAUUGGAAAAUGUGUGUGAGUGGCGAGGGUGCGGGGCAAGAUUCGAAAGCGUCGCCCGACUGUCCGCGCACGUCGCACGAACACACGCGCUCUCGCACGCAGACGGCUUCUUCUACUGUCGUUGGAGGGGCUGCGCGAGAACCCAGAAAGGAUUUAAUGCCAGAUAUAAAAUGAUCGUUCACAUGCGAAUCCACACUAAUGAACGCCCGCACGUGUGCAGUCAAUGUCAGAAGAGUUUCUCAAGGGCCGAAAAUUUAAAAAUCCAUCUCCGGUCUCAUUCCGGGGAAAAACCAUACGUCUGCCCUUACGAGGGCUGUGGCAAAGCAUAUUCGAACUCAAGUGAUCGUUUCAAGCAUACCCGCACACACAAAAUAGAAAAACCCUACGCGUGUAAAGCUCCUGGAUGCAACAAGCGAUACACAGACCCGUCAAGCUUAAGAAAGCACGUAAAAGCUUACAGACACUUUACUAACGACAAAGACAUUGUCAACAAUGCUGAAGAACGCAUCAGUCCAAAAAGUACAUCACCCACUCCAAUAUAUACAGACCAUUCUUCUCACAUUAUGAGCCAAACAAGACUUUCACCGUUCCCUUAUUCGCAAUUUACUACAUACCCAGAACCUGCCUAUGUCCCUCUCAUAGAAUCACCUUACGGACAAGCUAUACAACCAGUCUUUCAUAGAGUACCUCAUCAUGAGCUAUCUUACGGUGAUUACAAUAAAAUGUACGAUCACGCAUAUUCAAGUUACUACUCACCUAGAGCUGAUUAUCCAAAUUUAAACCCUAUUGUCGAUGAAAAGGUAUACAGUUAUGAAGCCCAUGAUCGUAUGGACAUAACUGCUGAUGAAAGAACGAGAGAGUACAGGGAGAAUCAUGAGGAAAUUGAAGUACCAUUGAAUUUAAUUUGUGCCAAACGCCUUCAAUGCAAACCAUUUGAAGAUCUAGUCAUACGUACAGAAUUACCUUUAGAUUUAAGCACUAAAAGUUAACAUAUGCAAAUAAUUUUAAGUGUAGGUAAAUAUUUAUUUAAUAAGAUUUUAUUUAAAGAAAAA